AUGGUGUCCAGCUGUGUUUGCUACUCAUAUAGCCUGGAUGCUAACCGAUCGGUGGAAUCGUUAGAGCACAUCUUCAUUUUCAGCCCUCUAGCAAGGUCAACUUGGAACUUCUUUGGGGGUGCUUGCGGGAUGGUUUUUAACUCUAUCUCCACCAUCAGUGGGAUGUUGUUGGCUUGGUUGAAUGCCCCUAACCACUCCUCCCCGCUUCAGCUUAUCACCCCCUGUGUGAUCCUAUGGGAAAUUUGGAAUGCCCAUAAUGCAACCAGGUUUGAGGGCAUCAGGCCCUCUCCAUCCUCCCUCCGCUCAGCCCGAAUCACCUUCUCUCACAUCUUCAGGGAAGGCAAUGGGCCGGCCGAUGGCUUGGCUAAAUUGGCUAGCAGCUCUCAGAGUAACUCUCUCAUCAUGCAAUACGCGCUCCUCCCUGCCAAUGUUAGGGGUUGCCUCUUCCUGGACAAGACUAUUCCAGGCUACGAUGUCGCUGGUGUGGUAGUGAAGGUAGGCAGUCAAGUGAAAACUGAAGGUGAUGAAGUAUAUGGAGAUAUCAAUGAGAAAUCUUUGGAAUUUCCUAAACAGUUCGGAUCGUUGGCCGAAUACACCGCCGUAGAGGAAAAGCUGUUGGCUCUAAAACCCAAGAAUCUUGAUUUCAUACAGGUUGCUAGCCUUCCUCUUGCGAUCGAGACUGCUUACGAAGGUCUUGAGAAGGCCGGAUUUUCUGCUGGCAAAUCCAUCCUUGUAUUGGGUGGCGCUGGUGGGAUUGGAUCAUUGGUAAUUCAGCUAGCCAAGCAGGUUUUCAAUGCUUCAAGAGUUGUGGCUACUGCUAGCACGAGAAAACUGGAACUGUUGAGGAGCUUGGGAGCCGAUUUGGCAAUCGACUACACAAAAGAGAACUUCGAAGAACUGCCCGAGAAAUUCGAUGUUGCAUAUGAUGCAGUGGGUAAGCUUCAUUCCAUGUUCGGGCUGUGUUUGGAUGCACAGAUGAAUCAAAUUGCAGACAUUUAUUUGAAUCAAGAAGAAAUAAGAUGUUUCAGGGCUGUGUUUGGAUGCACAUGUGAAUUGAGGCAUGGACAUUCAGUUUAAUAAAGAGGAUAUGACCAUAUUAGAAUGACAUUUCCUAGUAGAGGCCUGUUCUUCUACAAUGAUUGUAGACUGAGCUUAUUCUACAACUCGAUCUGUGUGUGGG